AUGUCCGCCAAGGGCCUCCGCCCCGGCAACGGGCGCCAGACCGACCUGCUGAAGCAGUUUCACCUGUCGCGCAACCCCUUUGUCGACCGCACUGCCGAGAAGACGGAGCUCGAUGAUGUGUCGCUCUACAUCCACAGUGACCUGCAAGGCUUCAAGCCAUCAGGCGAGUCCUGGUGUGCUCUUAUUAGGCUGGCACCCCCACGAGGACCCUGCAUGCAGCGCGCUUACCAGGCAUACAACGACGCGGCACGCGCCUCUGGCAAGACGCGCGGCCACUUUGUCAUUGACCUCUCCCGCCCCGGCCACCUCACCGGCUGCCUGCGCCAGUUCCAGGAGCGCGUGGGCGCCUCUGACGAGAACUGGGAUGCGCUGUUCAGCGAGGCAUGGACCUCUGCCGACAUGGUGGACUGCAUGCUGAGCUAUGCGGCCACGCACCUUGUGGAUGAGGUGACAGACACCGCCAGCGUGGAGGGGAUGGACAUGCUGGAGCGCAUACGCUCGGACCCGCGUGCCGCCAAGCAGUUCCUGCUGCUGGCCCACCUGUAUGCCAAGACGGACGCCAACUCACUCGACUUCCUGCGCGCCAAGCUGCUGCCGGCACGCUACUCCGCGCUUCAGCUGACAGCGGCGGCUGGCGUCGGCACCGUGCUGGCGGGAGGCACCGCGAUUGCGUCCCACAACCCAGAGUUGGCUGGCCUGCUGUCGGGGCCGCUGGAGGCGGUGCGAGGCGAGGUGGAGGCCAACGCCCCUUUCCUCACAGACCACCCGCGGCUGAGCCUGGCGCUGGCAGGCACAGCGGCGCUGGGUGGCGCAUACCUGUAUCGCCGCCACACGCGCACCAGCGGGCUGGGGCGAGCUGCGGCACUCGUCGGCCAGGUGCGCGUUGUGAAGCAGCAGCAGCUGCAGACGAUCGCGGCGAUGCUGGGCGCGCUGUUCAGCUCCCACGACUCUGCUGAGACCAUCCGCCAGCUGUGCAUCGGGGUGUCGGCACACCAGAAGCUGGACCUGCUGUCCGGCCUGGUGCGGCUGCUGGGCUUUGAAUCGCUCGCCGUGUUUGGCGACUGUUUUGACGAGGUGGUGCUGCUUGACCCCGUGCUGUACCCGGGCGCGCUGAAGGUGUUUGCGCGUGAGGUGUGCAAGAACGACAUGCUCAGCUUUGGUCGAAUGCACCUGUUCUUCCCCGACUCCCGCCUCUCACUGGACCUCAACACAGACAAGACGCUCAAGGCAGGCCUCAAACGCACGCAUGCAUGGGGCUCCGCCUGCCGCCUGCGCUGCCACGUGGAGGCGCGGUUUGACCGCCACUUUGUGCGGGACCUGCAGUGGAGCCGGCACCAGCUGGAGGAGCUGGCAGAGCGGCGCUUCAUGGCGGCGCAGAUGGAGCAGCUUCGCCGCAACAGCACCAGCGCCAGCGCCAGCUCGGGCGGCGGCGAGGUGCAUGUGGAGGACAAGCAGCUGCACAGCUUUGCCGACCUGUUCAACGCCAUCAAGGUGGAGGACUUCUCCUCGUACAUCUCCAAGCUGACGACGCCCCGCGAGCUGAUGCUCUUCAUGACAGAGCUGCUGGCACGCAUUGAGGCGCACCCCGACAACGAGCUCAGCGCGCAGGACAUGGAAAUCGCGGUGGCCAAGGCGCUGGAGCAGGCGGUGUGA